GCCUUGUCUAUGUUUAUAUGUAAAUGUUCUGCUGAAGGACGUUCAGUUGACUCAAAAUUCACGAGCGCGGCUGUGGUCGUUUAAAAAUAGAUAUUAGUGUUGUGGUACACGAUAAUAUUAUUGAAACGAUAACCAUGUGUCACUGUUCCAUUUCAAUUCAUUUGUGAAUAAAGUAUACCGAAUAUGGAAGCGUAUAAAGGAGUUAAGAUGAAAAUAUCUCCAAAGUACUACUUGGUACAAUUAAAGCAGCCUGUUCCUGGUAUUGACAAAUUUAUUUGCGUGCCAUGGUCGUGGAUAAAACAACGUUGGCAUAGCAAAUAUGAUGUAUCAGUGUACUACCCUAUAGAAGACCCAGUGGUUCGAGAAAAGCGCAUAAAACGGAGACAAAAACCUCCGAAAAAAUGCACUACAUAUCGUACCGUUAUUAGACACACGACAGACGACUACGACGAAGCGCAGUUUAUUCUCAAAAAUGUCUUCCAAACGCUAGAUAAAGAUGUAGACUCUGCGGAAACCAAGAAACGUGAUGAAAAGCACAAUACCAAAGGAAAUGAAACGUCAGUAGAUAAAGCAGAGAUGUCCGAACGUGACGGCAAAGUAAUGUUAAAACUUAAGCGAAUUUACGAUGAAUCUCAAGGAAAGACUUCGAAAUCUCAGUCAAAGAAAUCUACCUCUGAAAACAAUCAACCCAGAUUUCACGUGAUACAACUUUUAAAAAGUAAAUAUUUAAAAACCGAUGAGUACGUAUGCGUGCCCCAAUCGUGGGUGAGACAGCGUAAUGAAACAAAUCUGGCACUUAUAAAAUAUCCUAUUGAAGUUCCUUCAGAGACAGAAUCACGUGUUCAAAGAGAAGAACUAUUUUCAGCGUCCUGGAAAUUGUUCGGGGGUGUUGUGAAAUAUUCUACAGAUUCAUAUAAGGAUGCUGUACUUAUCAAAAACACUUACAAUACUAUGAAUGAAUAUCCUGCGAGUACAAUUAAUAGUGGGAAUUCUAUCGACGAUCCCGUGGAAGCUCUAUCAGUAGAUAAUAAUAAAAUCGAAAGAGAAAUUGAGAUAAACAUUGAAAGAGCAACACAACCAACUCAGAUCACGGUAACAUUCAAAGAACAGACGUGUCAGAAAAAUGACAAAAUCAAUGAAAAUCGACAGCCAACUCAUGGAGUUUCUCAUGAAGAAGUUAAUAAUGGAAGACCUGAUUCGGCAACAUAUGAUCCUACGAGUGUGGGCAAGUGGAAAUAUUACGUGAUACAAUUUUUGCGUUUACCUAAUGCUGAUAUUAGACCAUAUGUGUGCAUACCAUUCAAAUGGCUUAUCUAUGAACAUUCGAGACAACGUCAGCAUUGGUCGAGAGAUAGAACAGUAACAGUCGCGUAUCCUAUUGAAGACCCAGCAACUACAGAACAACGUGUCAAAAAUGAUGAAGAUUUUUCAGAGAAAUGGGAUUUUUACAAAGCUAUUAAGAAAUACAGUACAGAUGAUUAUGAACAAGCGCAACAUUAUAUCAAAUUCAUGAUUGAUUACGAACAUAAAUGUGUCAAUUUAAAUAAUCCAGAAACAGCCAGAGCGAAUGCAACAGUCGUAAGCACGAACGAUCCGAAUACUGUUGAAGACACAGUUAUCGAAAUACUUUCGGAGAGCGAUGAAGACACGACAUGUGAAAUGCAACACCUUACACUAUCAGAAACGAAUAAAGAUUUACAUGAAAACGUGGUACAAUGUACUCAGACGGCAGAAUCUACACGAUUCGAGGAACACCUUAGUGUCAAACAAAAUGAAAUGCCAACUCCUGAUGAUUUAAAUACACGAGAAGUAGCUGAUCAUAAAUCUAAUGAAGGAAUUCCUGAGCAGAUUCAACCCAAUGCCCCGCAAUAUUAUGUGAUACAAUUUGCGGAAUCGCCUUAUAAUGACAUUGAUGACUUUAUAUGCAUACCUGCGUCGUGGAUAAAGAAACGUAGACCGACAGACAGAAGAGUAAUGGUGUCAUUUCCUAUUGAAGACCCCGAGGAUACGGAGAAUCGUGUCCUGAACAACGAGAACGUUUCUGACAUAUGGAUCUCUUACAUGUCUAUUGUAAAAUAUGCUGCAGAUUCCUAUGAAGAUGCACAAUGGUAUAUUUUGGAAAACACGCCCCCACAUUUCGACAAAAAGGGCUCUGAUAGAAAAGCAAUAGUGAAAAGAAUGAUCAAAUACAGAAAAAUGCAUCCGGAUUGUGACUCGUCUUAUGAAUAUAACAGCGACUACUUCGAGAGUCAGGACGACGCUAACGCAUCCGAAGACUCGAGGGAAUAUUUACAAGAUGAACAACUAUUAGAAACACAAGAAGUUGCCUCGUGAAAAUCGUCGAAAAUGCAUUGUUUUUAAGAAUAUUAUGUCGAAAAAACGUCGCAUACCUUCCUCACGAAAAGUUAUGUGUCUUACACGUACGAUGUUUUCACCCUAAGGCGUCGAUAUAAAAUUAAGAUGAAAUCAAAUAUUAAUGUAAAACUAUGUGACAUCAGUUUUGAUGUGGCAAAGUGAAACAUAUUUAACAAUACUAUGUAUGUAUCUUGUCUUAAAGGAUCGAGUCCCAUAGAU